AUGGCCGGAGAAACAGAAGCAGAGUGGCGGCAGCAGCUCGAGGCAAUGCACGCUGCCAUUGCUGGUCUUAACCUACCAGGCUCUUUACCCGGGCCCAUUGAUUCGGACUUUGACGAUGCCGAUUUCGAGGGAUAUUCAUCUGGCAACAGCGGCAGGGAUGUUUGGGACUUCAUUUCCGAUGACGAUGCAGACGACUACAGCAGCGACCUUGUUGAAGCAGACGCUGCACUCCCAGCUGCGGGCGGCUAUGGUGCUGCUUGGCUUUCAAAUAAAUGUGCCGCCAUUGCGUUCAAGAACAACCUCUCGGAAGACGUCUUUGAGGCGCAGAUUCUUAGCGCCAUCAGCGCCGGAAAGUCCGACGAGGAGCUGCAGAUGGAGCUGACGGAUCUCGUCGGAUUCGACGAUCUCGACUUUAUCAUCGAAAUCCUUGCGCACAAAGACGAAAUUAGUGCCUCAAGCGCGGCUGCUCUUUCGGCUGGUGGCCAAGCCACAGGCCGACUGCUAUCCAAAGCCGAGCGUGACGAGCAACUCCGCCGCCAAGACUUUGAGCACAAAAACGCCGCGCUCGCGCCAAGCUUCUCGCGCGAGACGCAGUACCCGCACGUAUACAAGUCUCAUAGCGCCGGAAACACGCUUAGCUACGCCGGAAAGAAGUACGGCCUACCGGAAGGUAGCGAAAGAAAACAGUUUGACAAAUAUGAAGAGUACUCUAUCCCCGCCGGCGCUAAGGGAAAGCUCGGCCCUGGCCAGAAGCUCGUCAAGAUUGAAGAAUUGGACGGUCUUUGUCGCAAUACGUUCAAGGGCUACAAGGCACUCAAUCGCAUGCAGAGCCUCGUAUAUCCCGUUGCAUACAAGACGAGCGAAAACAUGCUCAUCUGUGCCCCCACUGGUGCGGGUAAAACUGAUGCUGCAAUGCUAACCAUCCUUCAUACCAUUGGCCAGCAUGUUUUCCCCAACCCAAUGGAGGACGUCGCUGCCACGGAAUUCGCCGCCAACUUGGAGGACUUUAAGAUUGUGUAUGUUGCGCCCAUGAAAGCUCUCGCAGCAGAAGUCACUGAGAAGCUCGGCAAGCGUCUUGCAUGGCUCGGCAUCAAAUGCCGAGAAUACACUGGAGACAUGCAGCUCACAAAGUCCGAAAUCAUUCAAACGCAAAUCAUUGUCACCACGCCAGAGAAGUGGGAUGUCGUCACCAGAAAGGGCACCGGAGACACUGAACUUGUUCAAAAGGUGCGUCUACUGAUUAUCGACGAGGUUCACAUGCUUCAUGAUGAGCGUGGCGCUGUUUUGGAAUCGCUCGUCGCCCGUACCGAGCGCCAAGUCGAGAGCACUCAAUCUCUCAUCCGCAUUGUUGGACUUAGUGCCACUUUGCCCAACUAUAUCGAUGUCGCAGACUUUCUCAAGGUUAACAAAUAUGCUGGCCUCUUUUACUUUGACGCCUCUUUCAGACCUGUUCCUCUCGAGCAGCAUUUCAUUGGCGUCAAAGGAAAGGCAGGCACCAGGCAAUCGAAAGACAACCUGGAUAUUGUCGCUUUUGACAAGACCAAAGAGAUGCUGGAAGUGGAUCACCAAGUCAUGGUAUUUGUACACUCCCGUCGAGACACCAUGGUGACGGCACGCAUGCUGCAUCAAAAAGCAGUCGAGACCUUUUGCGUCGACCUGUUUGACCCAACCAAUCAUCCCAGAUAUGAGCAGGCAGUGCGAGACAUGAAGUCUUCCCGAUCCAAAGACAUUCGUGAACUUCUAUCCAAGGGCAUCGGUGUGCAUCACGCUGGUAUGGCGCGAGCCGACCGAAACUUGAUGGAAAGGCUCUUCGCCGAAGGUGUACUUAGAGUGCUCUGCUGUACGGCAACCCUCGCGUGGGGUGUCAACUUGCCGGCCGCCGCCGUUGUCAUCAAGGGUACCCAAGUCUACAGCGCCCAGGACGGUAAAUUCGUCGACCUCGGCAUCCUUGAUGUACUGCAGAUCUUUGGUCGUGCUGGUCGUCCUCAAUUUGAAGACACUGGUAUUGGCAUGAUUUGCACUACUCAGGACAAAUUGCAACACUAUCUCACAGCCGUAACCGAGCAACAGCCAAUCGAGUCCAAGUUUUCGACAAAGCUGGUCGACAAUCUCAACGCGGAAAUUGCUCUUGGUACAGUCACGUCAAUUCCAGAUGCCGUUCAAUGGAUCGGCUAUUCCUACCUGUUUGUGCGCAUGCAGCGGAGCCCCAUCACAUAUGGCAUCGAAUGGGCUGAGAUUCGAGAUGACCCAACCCUUGUUCAGAGACGUCGCCAACUGGCUAUCCAGGCUGCGCGCACGCUGCAACAAUGCCAGAUGAUCAUAUUCAACGAGACAACCGAGGAGUUACGAAGCAAAGACAUUGGCAGAAUUGCCAGUCAGUACUAUAUUUUGCAUGGAAGUAUCCAGGUCUUCAACGCCAUGAUGCGAGACCAGGCCACCGAAGCAGACGUUCUCAAGAUGAUCAGUAUGAGUGGAGAGUUUGACAAUGUGCAAUCCCGAGACUCUGAAGCCAAGGAGCUCACCAAUCUCAAGAACGAGGUCAUCCCUUGCGAUGUCGACGGUGGCAUUGAUACGCCCCAGGCCAAGACCAAUAUUCUUCUCCAGUCUUACAUUUCGCGCUCGCAGCCUGAAGAUUUUGCUUUGUCAAACGACAUGAACUACGUGGCUCAGCAAUCUGGCCGAAUUUGCAGGGCGCUUUUCAUGCUUGCAUUGAAUCGCCGCUGGGGCCAUCAGUGUCUGGUGCUGUUGAGUCUCUCAAAGUCUAUUGAGAAGCGCAUUUGGCCCUUCCAGCACCCCUUGCAUCAGUUCGACUUGGCCAAACCCAUCCUGAAUCAGCUUGACUCGAAGGAGCAUCUGACGAUUGAGGCCAUGAAGGAAAUGGAACCAGCUGAGAUUGGAGCCCUUGUUCAUAAUCACGGUGCCGGCAAGACGAUUGCCAAAAUCCUCAACAACUUCCCUACAGUUCAUGUUGAGGCAGAAAUUGCGCCGCUCAACAGAGAUGUCCUUCGAAUCAAGCUGUAUGUCAUUCCCGACUUUCAGUGGAAAGAUCAUGUCCACGGCACUUCGGAAUCUUUCUAUAUCUGGGUCGAAAACUCAGAAACGUCUGAAAUAUACCACCAUGAAUACUUUAUCCUCAACCGAAGGAAGCUACACGACGAUCAUGAGCUCAACUUUACGAUUCCCUUGUCGGACCCCUUGCCUACGCAAAUCUACGUCAGGGCUGUUUCUGAUAGAUGGCUCGGAGCCGAAACUGUUACACCGGUAUCGUUCCAGCAUCUUAUUCGACCGGAUACAGAAAGCGUUUAUACCGAUCUGCUGGAUCUACAGCCUCUACCGCUUACGGCUUUGAAGAAUCCUCCCUUGGAGGAGCUCUACGCAAAGCGCUUCCAAUUCUUUAACCCAAUGCAAACACAGAUUUUCCACACCCUUUAUCACACACCAGCCAAUGUGCUGCUAGGCUCACCGACUGGUUCCGGAAAGACUGUCGCCGCAGAGCUAGCGAUGUGGUGGGCAUUCCGUGAGCGCCCUGGCUCCAAGGUUGUCUACAUUGCACCGAUGAAGGCGCUCGUUCGAGAACGUGUCAAGGACUGGGGCUCUCGACUUGCUGGACCUCUUGGGCUGAAGCUGGUCGAGCUGACCGGUGACAAUACGCCAGAUACUCGCACCAUCAAGGAUGCUGACAUCAUCAUCACCACCCCUGAGAAAUGGGAUGGUAUCUCUCGUUCUUGGCAGACGAGAGGCUAUGUCAGGCAGGUUAGCCUAGUCAUUAUUGAUGAGAUUCAUCUGCUUGCAGGCGAUCGUGGUCCUAUUUUAGAGAUUAUCGUUUCGCGUAUGAACUAUAUUGCAGAAAUGACCAAGAGCGCAGUCCGCCUCCUCGGCAUGUCUACUGCCUGUGCCAACGCCAGCGACCUGGCCAACUGGCUAGGUGUCAAGGAGGGCCUGUUCAACUUCAGACACUCUGUGCGUCCUGUUCCCUUGGAGCUGUACAUUGAUGGAUUCCCAGAGGUCCGCGGAUUCUGCCCUCUGAUGCAGUCGAUGAACCGACCGACAUUCCUCGCCAUCAAGAAUCACAGCCCUGAAAAGCCCGUCAUUGUCUUCGUCGCUUCGCGUCGACAAACUCGACUCACGGCCAAGGAUCUCAUCAACUUUUGUGGUAUGGAGGAGGAUCCCCGCCGCUUCCUGCGCAUGGAUGAAGAAGACCUGCAACUCAAUCUUUCUCGUGUCAAGGAUGAUGCCCUGAAGGAGGCUAUAAAUUUCGGCAUUGGCCUGCAUCAUGCAGGUCUUGUCGAAUCUGAUCGUCAGCUGUCAGAGGAGCUAUUCCUCAACAACAAGAUCCAGAUCCUUGUUGCUACUAGCACUCUUGCCUGGGGUGUCAACCUGCCUGCGCAUCUUGUCGUCGUGAAGGGCACGCAGUUUUACGAUGCAAAGAUUGAGGGCUACAGGGACAUGGAUCUCACCGAUGUCCUGCAGAUGCUUGGCCGCGCAGGCCGUCCCCAAUUCGACAAUUCAGGUGUCGCCCGCAUCUUUACGCAAGAUGCCAAGAAGGACUUUUACAAGCAUUUCUUGCACACAGGCUUCCCUGUCGAGUCAUCCUUGCACACCGUCCUCGAUAAUCAUUUGUGCGCCGAAGUCUCUGCAGAGACCAUCUUGACCAAGCAGGAUGCGUUGGACUAUCUGACCUGGACAUUCUUCUUCCGACGUCUGCACAAAAAUCCAUCGUACUACGGCUUGGAGAUCUCGGCUGAAGAGCACAGCACCAUUGCAGCGCAGCAAGUUGCCAACGAGUACAUGGUGGAGAUGGUCAACAAUUCGCUCGAGGAGCUGGCCCAGUCCAAGUGUGUUGAAGUGUUCCCGAAUGGAGACGUCGACUCUACGCCGCUGGGCAAGAUUAUGAGUUACUACUACCUCUCUCACAAGACAAUUCGCCAUCUGAGCCGUCAUGCUAAGGCGAGUGCUACCUUUUUGGACGCGCUCUCUUGGAUGUCGCGGGCCACCGAAUACGACGAGCUUCCCGUGCGCCACAACGAAGACUUGGUCAACGAAACGCUCUCUGACAAUCUGCCCUUCCCGGGUCACUCGUUCGGCCUGCCCAUGUGGGAUCCGCACGUGAAGGCAUUCCUUUUGCUCCAAGCGCACAUGUCACGAAUCGACUUGCCCAUUACUGAUUACGUAGGUGAUCAGACCAGUGUGCUCGACCAGGCUAUUCGUAUCAUCCAAGCCUCCAUCGAUGUGCUCACGGAGUUGGGGCACUUGUCGAGUUGCCUACAAAUGAUGAGCCUGCUUCAGUCCAUCAAGUGCGCCCGCUGGCCUACCGACCCGCCGGUGUGCAUCCUUCCAGGCCUGGAGCCCGAGUCGAUCAAGAAGGAAUCACUGCCGCUCAAGGAGCUGAGCACGUAUAGCCCGCAACAGGUGUCGCAGCUUGCCAAGCGCCUCCGAGUGCCCCCUCAUAUUCAUGGUCGCUUUGCCCGAGCCGCUUCCAUCCUUCCUAACGUGGCCGUGUCCAUUGAAGACAAGACGGCGCUGUCCGUGACGGUGAGCCUGAAGCGUCUGAAUGCACUGGUGGAGCGCGAAGCGCGCAUCUAUGCCCCGAAGCUGCCGAAGCCGCAAUCGGAAGGCUGGUUCAUCAUUGUGGCCGACGCUGCGAGGGACGAGGUCAUUGCCGUCAAGCGUGUUGGAUGGUCGGCGCCGGCCUCACGCUCGGGCGGCCCGCGCAAGGUCGAGGCCAAAACGAAGCCGUCGUCGCGCAGCACGAUUAAGCUGCCGCAGGCGGAGGGGGCACGGAAGCUGGAUGUAAUUGUGGUCAGCGAUGCCUACAUUGGAGUGGAGUAUCGUAUAGAAGGAGUCGAAAUUCCGGCUGCGCCAGCUGUUGACGACGAUGUCGGCUCAAAGAAGAAGGCGGCCGGUGCUGGACGCGCGUAG